GGCUGCUCUGUUCUGCAACUCCCGUACCAGCUAGCCACUCUGCUCCUUCCUAGGACGACAAUCCAUGGCCGCCCAAUGGGACUUCAGCUGUGACCUGGUAGUGGACUUCCAGUCGGAGGAGAAGGCUUCGAUGGUACAUCGGGCACUGGCUGUUGAUAAGGAGUUGCAGCCCGACAAAGUGAGAAGAGAGAUCACAGUCUCUGAUGGGAAGCUGUCUGUGCACUUUGAGGCUGUUGAGGCGAGGUUUCUUCGAGCAUCAUACAGCGCGUUUGUAGACGUGCUAAUUCUUGCAACGAAGACCAUUGAAGAAUUCAGUCAAGGAGUGGAGUUGUGACCACAAAUUCAUACUAUGAAAAAUUGUAAUAUUUCCAAGUAGGAUUCUAAUGUGUAUUGAGAUGUAACAUUUGCAAAUUUGGAUUUUAGGGUUCUGCUCUUGUUCCAUUACCAACGAACUAUAAAGUGCCACGCCCUCUGAGGUUACUGUAAUGUUGCAAGUGUAGGCAGGAGUACAAGCAGAGUUUAUAUGACGAUAUUUUUCGGAAUCUGAAUUUGAUGGGAUGCAGCACUGGCUUGUUUGAUCGA